UUUGUGCCUCUACUGGUGCCGUACAUCCCACACCAGUGUUUACGGAUUUCAGCGCCGUGUAACCGUAGAAAGCUAGCACCAUGGCUGACUACUCUCGAGUAAAAAUAACUAAAUUAGUUUUGAAAGGAGCGAGUAAGGGUAAGAAAAAGAAGAAUAAAGAUAAGAAGAAGAAACUGGAAACGGAAGAAGAAAAACCCGACAUAGUUGGGGGUUGGUGGGUUGUCAGUAGCUUUGGAGAAAUGAGUGGAACGGUUGCCAUAGAGAUGCAGCGCAACACGUACAUCCACGCCAUGGAUAAUGGCCUCUUCACACUCGGCGCACCUCACAACGAGGAUGAAGGGCCCGAUCCCCCUGAGCAGUUCACUGCCAUCAAGCUGUCAGACAGUAGGCUGGCCUUCAAGUCGGGCUAUGGCAAGUACUUGGGUAUCACCUCCGAAGGCCUGGUGGUGGGGCGCUCUGAUGCCAUCGGCUCCAGGGAACAAUGGGAACCGGUUUUCGAGGACGGCAGGAUGGCCAUCAUGGCCGCCAACAGCUGCUUCAUUUCCUACAGCGAGGACGGUGACAUCGAAGCCAAGAACAAAGCAGCGGGGGACGGCGAGAUGGUGAAGAUCCGCUCGUGUGCCGAGAAGGAGGUGAAGAAGAAAGACGACCUCGUGGACGAGGACAGGGGCAACGUCAAUUCCUGUGAACUCAGCUAUGUGAAGAAGUUCCAGAGCUUCCAGGACCGUAGGCUGAGGGUGAACGAGGAGGACAACUCCAAUCUGAAGAGGGCCAGGACGGAUGGGAAGUUCCACGAAGAACUGCUAGACAGGCGGAGCAAAAUGAAAGCGGACAGAUACUGCAAGUGAAGCGUUGUCAUUUUAAAAGCUGCUUCUUAAUUAAUUGUUUAUAUGCAUGAUGCUAUUUUAGUUUGACCUUUUUGUAAUAUUUGUUUUGCUAUUUUGAUUGAAAAUUCAAAUAAAAUAAUUUGUAUCCAA